AUGACGCCCUCAACCAUUGACCUCUUCAUCCUCACUUUCAACUGCGCAAAGAACCUCAUCAAUGUCGCGGUCUGGGCGGCGCACUUGAAGGCCGCGCUGUCGGCACGAGGUGCUGCCGGGAAGGGGACUGGAAAUGGAAAUGCGUUACCAGAUUUGGUCGUUUUCUCCGUCCAAGAAGUAGCCCCUUUGGUAUACUCUUUCCUUGGCCCUUACUUUCUCAACCCGUACUACGCUCGGUACGCAGAUGCGCUCAACCUCGCGGCUGAGCAGCUACUUGAACAGGCGGACAACGAUGAUUACGGGGCGGGAGGAAGCAGUAAUGGUGCCCUCAGUCAAGGUGAUUACCCCUACACCCUUGUCCGGGCCAAAAACGUAGGGAUGACAGCCAUCCUGCUCUUCGCCCGCGACCCCUCCAAGAUCACGCAGAUCAAAGAAGCAGAGUGCGGAUUUGGCGCCGCGGACAUGGGCAACAAAGGCGCGGUAGGGUUGCGGAUUACUUGGAGCGAUGGCAAGGACACGACGAUAACGACGACGGGAGAACCAAAGACGACAGAACUCACCUUUGUGGCGACGCACCUGGCUGCCAUGGAAUGGAACCUCAAGAAGCGCAACGCCAACUGGCACAGCAUCGUGUCCGGUCUGACGUUUGCUAACCCGCGUGAGGUUCUGCCCAAGGGCGAGUUCCCAGCUGAGAGCCGGGAAGCGAGGGCGACGCCGGAUAGGUCUGGAGCGGGGGACGUCGCGCCUGUCAUGCCUAGGGGUAGCAGCUCAGCCGACGCCAACGACGAUGAUGCCGAUCUCGCGUACGGAAACGACGACGACUCGGACGCCCAACCUCUCCUAAGCUCAAGCAACUCCGAUUCCAAAUCCAAAUCCAACAACGCCUCCGCCCUCCUCCAAUCCAUCUCCAUCUUCAAACCAUCCUCCCACCUCUUCCUAGCCGGCGACCUCAACUACCGCAUCAACACCACCACCCCUCCCCCACUCGCCACAUACCCUUCCUUCGACCCUUCCUCCGCCAACCAUUUUUCGAACUUCCUUCCGCGGGACCAACUCACCCAAGAGCGUGAAGCCGGGCGAACCAUGCACGGCCUUUCGGAAGCGCCCAUCACCUUCGGGCCGACGUACAAAUACGACGUGCACCCCCUCAGAGGGGAGGCAGUCAACGAGGCGGCAGUCAAAAGGGGAGAUAAGGUCAAUGGGAUUCCCGAAGUGCCGUGGCGGUUUGCGAGCCAUCGCUGGCCGGGGUGGUGUGAUCGGGUUUUGUACUUGGAUGUGCCUGGUUGGGUUCGCAGAAACAAGGAUGUUGAGGUCGAGGUCGAGGUAUAUGACUCCCUACCCGUCAUAGAGACUUCGGAUCACAGACCUGUGUUUUUCCGGGCUAAGGUGCCGGUUUUGGGGGAGGAGGAGAUGAGGUUACCUUUAUCUUCACCAAAAGAUGUGAGGGUGGUGGAAGAAGAAGAAGAAUGGAAAAAGGAUCCCAGGGUGUCGAUACCAGUACCUGUGAACGUGUAUGCUUGGGAGAGGAGGGCGGCGGCGAGGAGGAAGGAGGUGAUGGUGGGGUGGACGGCGUUCUUUUGGAGUACCAAGGAGGGAGCGCUGGUGUUGGCUACGUUGUUGGUUAUGGGUGUUGGGAGUUGGUGGCUGUUACGGGACUGGUAG